CAGCGUCCAUGGCUGCGCGUUGUUUACACGUUGUUUCAAAGCGUGUAAGCAGCGGUGUUUAAUUAACUUGCUUCCAGCUCAACGUCUACACCGUUUAUGACCACGCAUGCGUAAAAGUUAUAGCUUAGCUGGCGUAUAAGCAUGAGCGAGCCGCCAGCAAAGCGCAAGCGGUAUUCUUUCGGCGGCGACCCGCGACUCUUGCCUCGCGUCAGGCAACUUCUGAGCGAGAACGACGAUCUCGAUGCCGAAGGCAUUGUAGCGACGCUGCAGCGACGACAUCCAGAGUACAGACGCAAGAAGAGGAACGCUCUGCUCUACUCUGUGACAAAGGCGUUGGAGAUCAUAGUGCAGGACGGCCCGCAGCCGGCUACGGAUACGGCGGGUGAAGACGAUCUCGACGGCAGUAGCGUUACAGACGAAGACGUGGUGCCGUAUCCCGACCAGAACACGAUGAACAAGUCCAUAAACGAUCUGUACAAGACGCCCGACCCCAAGCAGGCGCCGAAAGACAAAGGCGCCGGUUCGGAGAAAGCGCGCAGGACGCCGAAGAAGCCCAAGUCCAACGACGUGGAUGCGGCCAUACAAGACAACCUCAAGAAACGCAUGGCCAAGGAGAAAGAGAUUGCGCUGAUAAAUCCGACGGCGCGGUUCGCGGACUUGGGUGGGAUGGAAGGCCCGUUGGAAGAGGUGUGCAACAUGCUUAUGCACUUGAAGCACCCGGAAGUGUACAAGAAGUUGGGCGUUGUGCCGCCCCGAGGGUUUCUGCUGCACGGACCUCCCGGCUGCGGGAAGACGCUGCUGGCGCACGCCAUCGCGGGUGAGUUGGAGCUUCCCAUGAUUCGCGUGGCGGCGCCCGAGAUUGUGGCCGGGGUCUCCGGCGAGUCCGAGGAGCGCAUACGCGAGCUGUUCGACAAGGCCGUCAACAGCGCCCCGUGCGUCUUCUUCAUCGACGAGAUCGACGCCGUGACGCCCAAGCGCGAGACCGCGCAGCGGGAGAUGGAGCGACGCAUCGUCGCUCAACUCCUGUCCAGCCUCGAUGACCUGUCGCAGCGUGAGCUGCCCGCCGAGGUGCUCGUCAUUGGAGCCACCAACCGUCCCGACGCCCUGGACCCCGCCCUGCGGAGAGCCGGGCGGUUCGACCGCGAGGUAUGCCUCGGCAUUCCCGACGAAGCUGCCCGCGAAAGGAUCCUCACCGUUCUCUGCCGGAAGCUGACCCUUGGGGCCGACGUCAAGCUCAACGUCGUUGCUCACAGGACGCCCGGAUACGUCGGCGCAGACCUGAUGGCCCUGACGCGGGAGGCCACGAUGUCCGCGAUCAACCGAAUCUUUCGCGGGAUCGAAGAAGGCGUCAAGGCGACCGGCGACGGUCCGCGGAACCGUCUGGACAUCGCCGUCUCCCUGCUCAAGGAGGUUCCUCCUUUGAAUGACGAGCAGCUCAAGAACCUCUGCGUCGACGUCGCGGACUUCGAGGGCGCCCUGAAGCUGGUCCAGCCCUCGGCAAAGCGCGAGGGCUUCGCGACCGUGCCGGACGUCACGUGGGACGACGUGGGCGCCCUCGCUUCCAUCCGGGAAGCGCUUCAGGUCGCCAUCUUGGCUCCCGUGCGACACCGCGACAAGUACGAGGCCCUGGGUCUCGUCACUCCGUCGGGAAUCUUGCUGCACGGACCUCCCGGUUGCGGCAAGACCCUCCUGGCCAAGGCUAUCGCCAACGAGUCCGGAAUCAACUUCAUCUCGGUCAAGGGCCCCGAGUUGCUCAACAUGUACGUGGGCGAAAGCGAGCGCGCCGUGCGCCAGUGUUUCCAGAGGGCGCGCAACUCGGCCCCCUGCGUCAUCUUCUUCGACGAGCUGGACGCUCUGUGCCCUCGACGUUCCGAUUCGGCCGACGGGGGCUCCGCGUCGCGAGUGGUCAACCAGCUUCUGACCGAGAUGGACGGCCUGGAACCGAGGAAGCAGGUGUUCGUGCUGGCUGCGACCAACAGGCCGGACAUCAUCGACCCGGCCAUGUUGCGGCCCGGUCGUCUGGACGAAGUGCUCUACGUAGGUCUGCCCAGCUCCCAGGAGCGCGUGGAGAUUCUGAAGACGCUGACGAGAAAUGGAACGAGGCCGCUUCUCGAGGAGACCGUGUCUCUGGAAGAAAUCGGCAAUGACGAGAGGUGUGAGGGCUUCUCCGGCGCCGACUUGGCCGCCCUUGUGCGUCAGGCGUCGGUGAUUGCACUGACCAAGUACCUGAAAGACGGGGCUGAAGGGCGGAUUCUGAUUGGCUCCCAGCACUUCGACGCUGCUUUUGGAAAGGUGUCGGCUUCGAACAAGGGACGCAGGACUAUUAAGAAAGUGGAAGGAUGAAUGUGAUGCAUGAGAUAUGUGUUGUGUGCACACACAAACUUCAAUUUUUUGUUUGUUCUUAAUUUUAACACAUGACCCAAAUCGUCACUGUUGCUUCGCUCAUUCGUCAAUGACGGUGCUGCUCAUUGAAACCUUACCAUAUUUUUGUUCGUUUUCUUUGACUGGGGGAAUAAAUAUUUGUACAUGCACUUUGAAA